AAACGAGUGCCUUCAUACUCCCCUCCCGUCGGUGGGUGCAACAUAACCUCGGCGUGGGCAUGCCGCUCCCCAAGUCACUGCGCCCGAAGCCUUUGAAGGAUUUCGUAGUCGUUAUUGGCGCCCCUAUCAUAUGGCAAGAAAAUGACACCGUGAAUACCAUGCAUGCUAAGUGA